UCAGGACACGGGGGUCAUGGUCACACACACAGCGGGGCGGUUCGGAACACGGGUUGUCGGUGCACACACCGGGGACAGUUCAGAACACGGGUGGCCAGUGCACACAGCGUACAGUUCAGGACACGGGUGGUCAGUGAGUACAACAGGAACAGUUCAGGACACGGGUGGUCAGUGCACACCAGGAACAGUUCAGGACACGGGUGGUCAGUGCACACACAGGAACAUUUCAGGACACGGGUGGUCAGUGCACACAGCAGGUUCAGGACACGGGUGGUCACACACAGCAGGAACAGUUCAGGACACGGGUGGUCAGUGCACACACAGGAACAGUUCAGGACACGGGUGGUCAGUGCACACAGCGGGGACAGUUCAGGACACGGGUGGUCAGUGCGCACAACAGGAACAGUUCAGGACACGGGUGGUCAGUGCACACAACCGGGACAGUUCAGGACACGAGUGGUCGUGCACACAGCGGGGACAGUUCAGGACACUCACAGUAAGCAGCUUGCAGACCCUCAGCGGCAGGCGGCUCCAGACAGGGACGACCAGCGGUCAGCGUUCCAGGGACAACCAGCGAUUAGCAGACAGCAGCAGCUCCCAGGGGCACUCAGCAGCAGACAGCCUCCAGGGACACGCAGCCAUGGAUAGUGUGCAGGGUCCCCCUCAGCAGCAGCUCCCA